UCGAACACUCCCUCGGCAUUUAUCGUACCAUCGUUGUCGAGCACAGCGGCUGCAAGACGGAAGACCCAACCGUGUGUCUUCCCUCUGCCCAGCCAUGGCGUCCCAGCCGUUUAGAACCCUUAUUCCCAGUGGAGCUCCACCGCUUCGGACGUACCAAGAAGUAUUCCUCGAGAAUGGUCGGUGGUAUGGCACUUAUAAGAGGGGAAAGUAUCUGCUUCCCAUUGACGAAACCGAUUUGGAAAGGCUGGAUGUCUUCCACAAAAUCUUCCUCGUUGCGCGCAAGGAUGUGCUUCACAGUGCCCCGCUUCACAACCAAGAAAGUCCACGCAUCCUGGACCUGGGCUGCGGCACAGGCAUCUGGGGUAUUGACAUGGCAGACAAAUAUCCCAAUGGGUUGCAUGUGGGCCUUGAUCUGAAUUACAUCCAGCCUGAAUUCAUCCCCGCCAAUAUGCGGUUCAUCCAACAAGAUAUCGAAGACAGUUGGAAGGACCUCGAGCCAGGAUCCUGGGAUCUCAUCCACAUGCGUGCCCUCGUUGGCAGCAUCAGCGAUUGGCCUAAAGUAUACGCUGAGAUUCACAGACAUCUCAAACCGCAUUACGGCUAUUUCGAGCAGGUCGAGAUAGACUGGUACCCACGGUGCGACGACGGUUCCCUCGCCCCGGAUACCACGGUUAUGCAGUGGGCGAAUGAGCUUUUCGAUGCCAUGGAUCGCUUCGGCCGCUCCUUGCGCGUGGACAGCAAUCUCACCAAACAGCGGCUCGCAGACGUCGGCUUUGUCGACAUUGAGGAGGAGGUCAUCCAAUUGCCUCUCAACGGCUGGCCCGUCGACGCACACGCCAGACACCUCGGCCGAUGGUUCAAUUUUGGGCUUCGGCAAGCCCUCCAACCACUCAGUCUUGCACCCUUAUCCCGAGGCAAUGGCCGCACCCCAGCCGAGAUCUCAGAGAUGACCGACAAGAUCAGGGCUGAGAUUUACAGCAAUAGUGUGCAUGCGUACUGCACAUUGCAUGUUUUCACAGCCAGAAAGCCACGGGCGGACGAUCAUGCGGCCCACUCGAUAGCCAAGCCAGCUUCUCCCACCAGGACGCAUCUGCCACGAGCUCGACCUCGUCAGGCCUGAAAGAGCGACUGCAAACCUAAGGAGCUGGAGCACGUAGGGGAGAGUCACGCUGCGACUCGCAAUCGACUUUUCCGCCUGCCACUGGACCGCGCCGCUACGUCACCGAGAUUGCGCUC